UCCAAACUUCAUUGCCGCAAUUAAAAGCCCGCAACGAGUCGUUUUGCCCUGAAUAGAGGAAAUGGCGUUGUUUUCUUUGUUCAAUGCCAUGCACGUUAGCACCGUAACCCUAAGUUGACCACGUGGGAUCUGUCAUCCCCGCACGGACGAUCAGCUAUCACUUCUUAAUUCCCCAUGAAAGAGAACGAAAAACGAUCUUUAAUGUACCAUCUCGAACGCCGAUCUUUCGAAACUUCGAACAGCUGCGAGUUCUCGAAAACUCAACGGCGAUUUUCCUUUUCUUGUCUGGAGAUUGUACAUGUGCGCAGGGAUUUUUAGCGACUGGACGAGGUGGAAACAACCGAUGCUUUCUUCGUGCUUCACGGUCAGCUCUCUCCUUCUUUCGUCUUCCCGAGUCCCGCAUCUGACUUUUGCGCCCCGGUUUGCUGCGGCUUGAGGGGUAGGCUUCUUCUUGGACUUACCGCUUUUUCGCACAGCGACAGUAUUCGAGGAAUUUUUGGGACUCGAAUGUGAAGUCAAUCGCAGCCCACGAGUGUUUUGCUCCUCCAAAGAUUCAAAUGUUAAAGCGUCAGGUGGCCGAGCUCUUUUCUUGCUCACAUGUAGCGCGAGGGCCUGAAAAAGAUUGAUGACACUGCUUGCUGUCGGUAUGCUGCUUGGCUCGAAAGAGGUGUCAUUUCUCGGUCGAAUUAGAGCUCGCAGUCAUUUAUAGUUCGUGCCUGAAUGAUUCGCAACUUCAGCCGCUCACUUUGUAGAUCUCUUUUCUCUCCUGGGUCCUCCUGGUAAAGGAGGAUUCUUGUAAUUGUUUUCUUGAAUUUGGUUGUGGGUGGAGGAAGAUGGGGACGCUGCACAUCGUGGGCUUGUUGUGGCUUAUUGCGUUUCUUCUGUUUGGGAUUUGUCUGGCAAGCAAUCAGACCGUCGGUCAAAUCUCGCCAGGGUUUCAAGCCUCUGAAAUGAACUGGAUCGAUCAUGACGGCCUGUUUCUCCUGUCGAAUGACUCGAAUUUUGCUUUCGGUUUCGUUACCACCUCGGAUGUCACUGCGUUUUGGCUGGCUAUAAUCCAUGUCAGCACCAAAGCAAUGGUCUGGAGCGCCAAUAGGGACUUGCCGGUCGUGAUGUCGGACAAAUUCGCGUUCGACUCCAAUGGCAACGCGUUCUUGCAGAAGGGAGGGAGCGUUGUUUGGUCCACGGAUACAGGCGGGAAGGGAGUUUCGGCUAUGGAGCUGCAGAAUUCGGGCAAUCUGGUCUUGCUGGGAAGCAACAGCGGAGUGAUUUGGCAGAGCUUCAGCCAUCCGACGGAUACGCUACUGUCGAACCAGGAGUUCGCUGAAGGGAUGAAACUAGUGAGCCAGAAAUCCAAGAACUUGAGCUAUACACUCGAGAUCAAAUCUGGGAAUAUGUUUCUCUCUGCAGCGUAUGGAACCCCCCAGCCGUAUUGGUCGAUGGGGGGUGAUACCCGUAAGAUCAUCAACACCAAUGGUGGCCGAGUCGCUUCUGCAUCGCUUGAUGCAAAUUCGUGGAACUUUUAUGAUCAAAGCAGAACCUUGCUGUGGCAGUUUGUGUUCUCAACUAAUACGGAUUCGAACACCACUUGGAUUGCAGUGCUGGGUAACGACGGCACUAUCUCCUUCACCAAUUUGCAGAGUGGUGAAGGUUCUUCAACGAUAAUACCGGAUGACCCGUGUGGCACGCCGGAGCCUUGUGACCCUUAUUUGAUCUGUUACAGCAAUAAGAUUUGCCGCUGUCUUCCUACUCUUAGCUCUAACCCGAAUUGUGGAUCGGAAAUUAAUUCUCCCUGCAAUCGUUCGGCAGGUCCUGUAGAUCUCAUUAGUGCAGGGGACUCUAUUAGCUACUUUGCUCUCAGUUACGUUUCGCCCUCGCUGAAAGCUGAUCUAAAUGGUUGCAAGACCUCUUGCCUUGCCAACUGCUCGUGCCUUGCAAUGUUCUUCCAAAAUAGUACCGGGAAUUGCUACAUGUUUAAUGACGUUGGAGCUUUCAUAGCCUCUGGGAGCAGUUCUGGAUUCACUGCCAUGAUUAAGGUAUCGAGUAAUGGAGGGGCUGGUGCAAAUCCAGGAGGGAGCGGGAGCAGCAAGAAGCGCGUGAUUCUUGCUGUUGUCAUUUCCAUCGCGACUGUGCUCCUGAUUUUUGGUUUAGUUUACGAAGGAUUCAGAUGGUUUGUGUUGAGGGGAUCGCCUGAAGUGACAUCAGAAGAGGACAACUUCCCGGAGAAUUUAGCCGGGAUGCCAAUCCGUUUCAGUUACAGGGAUCUUCAGACAGCGACUGACAACUUCACAAGGAAGCUCCGGCAAGGUGGUUUUGGCUCCGUGUACCAAGGAGUCCUCCCGGACGGAACGAGGUUGGCUGUGAAGAAAUUGGAAGGCAUUGGCCAAGGAAAGAAAGAGUUCAGAGCAGAAGUCUCCAUCAUCGGAAGCAUACACCAUCACCACCUGGUCAGGCUAAAAGGCUUCUGCGCCGAAGGUUCACACCGACUUCUGGCUUACGAGUUCACGGCCAACGGGUCUUUGGAUAAAUGGAUCUUCAAGAAGAACAAGGACUGCCUGCUCGACUGGGAAACGAGGUUCAACAUUGCUUUGGGGACGGCGAAAGGAUUGGCUUACUUGCAUGAGGAUUGCGAUGUGAAGAUUGUUCACUGCGAUAUAAAACCCGAAAACGUGCUCCUUGAUGACAGUUUCCAGGCCAAAGUCUCGGACUUUGGAUUGGCCAAACUGAUGACCCGAGAGCAGAGCCAUGUCUUCACUACCGUGAGAGGCACGAGAGGCUAUCUCGCACCGGAGUGGAUAAAAAACUACGCAAUAUCAGAAAAGAUUGAUGUUUACAGCUACGGAAUGCUGUUGCUUGAGAUCAUUGGCGGGAGAAAGAACUACGAUCCAUCAGAAACCUCGGAGAAAUCUCACUUCCCGUCAUACGCAUUCAAGAUGAUGGAAGAAGGGAAACUGAGAGACAUCGUUGAUUCAAACAUCAAGUUCGAGGACAAAGAUGAUCGCAUUUCCGUUGCGAUCAAAGUGGCCCUGUGGUGCAUAAAGGAAGACAUGUACGCCAGGCCGUCGAUGACCAAGGUCGUUCAGAUGCUUGAAGGCCUUUGCACUGUCUCGAACAUGUUCAAAUCGAUCAGCGAGGAGGGGACUUCUUCGGGGCCAUCGGACUGCAAUAGCGACGCCCAUCUCUCCGCUGUCCAGCUCUCGGGCCCAAGAUAACAGCUCUAAAUAGUGUUUGUCCUUUCCUAUCCUGUUAGGUUCUUUCCAUGUAUAUCAUUUUUUGAUUCCUCCAAACUUUUGUGAUG